UUCAAACUUUUAAAAUGAAAAUUUUUGUUCCUUCAAAACUCAUUUAAGAUGAAAUGGUGACUUGAAUAACCAUCAAGUUAUGGCUGCUGAAAGUUCAAUAAAGGUUAUACAGGUAUACUAUGCAUAGAAACUGUUGGUAUGGCAACAGUAAAGAGAACAAUAUUCGUGCUUGCAGUAUCCAUGGCAAUAGGGUCUUUAUUGGCGCUCAUAUUUGAGUUUCACUUUACCUAUCAUCCCCUCCAAGAAUAUUUAAUAAAAGAGAAGCCACAUUGGAUAACAUACGCAAGAUGGCUGAUCGGAAGAGAUAUAUACCAAAUAAGGGAAGAUAGUUCUGUCCCACAAAUACAGGUUGUGCAAGAGUCAGAUUAUUUAACAUCUGAAUUCAAGCUGUUGUGUGUGGUUAUGAUCCACAAAGAACAUCUGAUCCACCAGGGACAUAACAUACAAGCCACGUGGGGCAGACACUGCAAUCACAUGAUAUUCCAUUCCAAUAAGAACUAUGACAAUCUACCUGUGAUCUCAAAUUCAGGUGACCCCAAGUCCUGGGAAAACUUUCGAAAUGUGAUAAAUACAAUUUCUCAGAGUUAUUCUCAAUAUAAGUGGGUUGUCUUUGUUGAUGAAGACACAUAUCUCAUUCCUGAAAAUUUGAGAUAUUAUAUUUCUGUAUUGGAACCCACUAUUCCGCACUACUUAGGUCAUGUAGUAGAGAGACGUAGUUUGUUUAGUGGUGUAUAUAAUACACUUGAUACAGGCUUUGUUGUGAAUAAACAGACACUGGAUUUACUUCAAAAAUGUUUUAAAGAUGGCAGCAGUUGUUCAUGCCCAGCACCCAGUUCUGGAGGUUGUGACAUCAGCCUUGGAAGUUGUCUGAAGCUUCUUGGAGUUGAACCAAAGGACACCAGGGACCAUCUAGGCAGGGCAAGAUUUCUCCCUUUUACUCCUGAGGAACAUCUCACAGACAGCAUACGCUGGACAUUUACAUCUUGGAAAAACAGCUUCUAUCCCGCUAAAAAU